GCAUAAAUAUACAAAACAUUUUUGUAAGAACGGAUCAUAAUAUUGGUUUAUUUUGAGGUUAGUUAUCAAAAAUGCGUCUUUCUGAGAUUUGAAUCUUCUUAUUUCAUAACCAAAUUUUAUAAAACAAAAAAAUGGAAUCGUCACAAGCAACGAAGUUAAAAACGAAAAUUUUGAAAAUUGGUAUAAAGCAAUCCAAAGCGCAAUUACCACAAUAUAAAGCACGAAACAAGCGAACACGAAGAAAAAGAAAAUCUCUUCUUAAAUGUUUAAAUAUGAAUUCUUUGGCCAAAAAGAAUAAAAGUGCUCAAAACAGUGUGCUGCCUGAAAAUUCGUUAAACAAAAACCAAAUACUCUUACAAUGUAAUUUAAAACGUAAAAAGAAAAAGUGCACCAAUAUAAAAGGAACACAACAUUCUGUGGAUCUUUCCUUCCAGAACGAUGACUUUUUAGGGGCACAGUUGACCAGAGAUAGAAAUGACAAGCAGUAUUGCAACACUCCGGAGCAAAAAACUAUAGGUUCACCAGUAAUAGUAGAAGCUCUGUCAAAAAAUUUAUCCUCGCUAAGUAUACCUGAUGUACUUAAACAAAAAGAAGAAAAAAAGAUGAAGGGCAAUGAUUUUGACAAUUAUCCAUUAUAUAUGCAAAGUAUGAGGAAUGAGGCCUGUGUCAUCAUUGGUGAAUCAUUAAAUCCAAAUGAUAAUUUAUCUGAUGGAGCAAAGGAUACUAAAAUCGUAUCACCGUACAAGAGUAAUCACAAACUACGUAAGGAUAAAAAGCAAUUACAAAAUAGCAGUUCAAAUACUACUCCCAGUAAUUCAGCAAAACCUAAGAGACCUUCUGAUAUAUGCUACACUGAAAGUAGUAUCUGUAACAGUAGCAAAUGCUAUACAUUGGAAACAGUAACUUCAAGUAAUAAUGAUACUGUUCUCAUUGAUCAGCACUCGGUACGAUUUUAUUGUCUUAAGAACAAAGUAGUCUCAGUUAUGUCGAAAAACACACGAUUUUGCUUUACUGGAAAGUUAAUCGUACAAGUAGUAUAUGGGGCUAUAGAAGUUUACGGAUGCGUCAUUACCACACAGAACAGUCCAAUCGAAAUUUAUUCACCAAGAGGAUAUAGUAACGUUUCGAUCGAAACGAGUGAAAAAUUUUCACAAAAUUUGGAAUCAAAUAUAUGGGUAUCUUUGUCCACAGAAGGCAUUGAUCAAAACAAAGAGAACGAACUAAUCGCAGACAUCAAAGAACUUCAACCCGGCAUGGCAGUUGUUUUGUUAUCAAAUUUGGACAACAAAUUGACUAGGUUUUUACACGUUUUUUAUCCAUUUAACCUAUUUCCAAAAAUAAAAAAUGUAUCUUAUCAUUCUUGGACUGACCCCAAGAGGGCUGAAAGAAUAUUACAGUCGAAUCUUUAUAUUGAUAAUUACGCGUGUAAGGAAAUAAUUAUUGACCAACGUAUUAUGCAAGAAGUUACUGACAAAAUGUUGAAACGUUGCCGUGAGAACGAAUGGUCAUGCACCUUAAUAGCUGGUGGAAAAGGCGUCGGGAAAUCAACUACAAUGCGAUGCUUAAUAAAUACUCUACUACCUGUUUCCAAAAUGGUGGUUCUUGUAGACGUUGACCCAGGACAAGCAGAAUGCACACCAGCUGGAUGUAUAUCAUACAGUUUAAUCGAACAACCCUUAUUGGGACCAAACUUCACGCAUUUAAAGACUCCGGCUUUUCAAUUGUAUAUCGGAGAUGUGGACGUGUCACGAUGCAUUACACGAUACAUCGAGAGUAUUAAAAUGUUGAUUAAUAAAUUGUUAAGUUGCCCAGUUUUGUCACGCCUACCUAUUAUCGUAAACACGAUGGGUUUUUCACAUGGUAUUGGUUGGGAUAUCAUCUUGUUUACGAUCAAAUUGAUUCGACCUUCUUUCGUUGUACAGAUUAUGUCUGAGAAUCCAAAGAAUAACUAUAUCAACUACUUAAGUAAAGAAGUGAUAAAUCAACAGCAAUUAUCCUGGUCGAGUUGGAGUUGGAAUGUUAUUGACUGGAGUCAACCAUGCGAUUACGAAUUAUUCACGAUACAUUCAAAUGCAGAACGUAAAGGUGCUCCAGGAUACGACAAUUGGAACAUGGAGCCGUAUCAAAAACGAGAACUUGUAAUGAUCUCCUACUUGAGUGAAAUUGUACAAAACUCUUGGAAUUCCGAGAGACGCUAUGACCCUUUAUCGUUAAGCAUCAACGAAGCUGUUCCAUACGUAACAUCUUUUGCAUCGUUGUACAUUUCAAUUCCACGAGCGUCAGUGCCCCCGUCGCAUGCGUUAAACGUAGUGAAUGGUAAUAUAGUAGCAUUAUGUGGAAUCGAUAUGAAUAACAAUGAAUGGCAAGAAGGUGAAAGUAUGGCUGGUCCACGUAUAUUAAACAGAGCACCUCUUUGCGCAUGUUAUGGGUUUGGUAUCAUCAGAGGAGUUGAUAUGGAACGAAGAGAGAUAUUUAUAAACACACCAUUACCGAUUUCUAUAAUGCGGUAUGUGAAUUGUUUGAUGGGAUGUAUGCCGGUACCGACUACGCUGCUACAAAAUAAUCAACACAAGAACGUACCUUAUAUCGGUGGAAAUGAUGUUUUACCAAUGUCACGAGAACAUCGCAGGGGGUAUUUCCGUAUGAGAUAUCAAAACAACACUAGAAACAAUAACGAUAAAUCUCUAUAAUAUAUUUUUAUGUGUAUCAAAAAAGUGUUGCAUAUGUGUCAUCUAUUUGGUUCCAUUUUUUAAGAAUACGCAUUUGUAAUAUUGUUUUCCUUUUUUUCUUCUUUCGUUUUCCUUAUCUUUCUCAUCGUUCCAAAGAAAAAAAAAAAUGUACAAAAUGUAUGAUGUGUUUGAGGCGUGUAUAAAGUAUAUAUUUCAGAGAAAAAGACAAAGAUGCAAUUUUAAUAGAAAGGACAGAAAUGGUAGAAAAUACUGCGAGGUACUUGUUUUAUCUUGAUUGUAACAAAACUCAAAAUAAAUUGGAGAAAACUUAAUGAAA